AAAUUGUAUCUGAGAGAUCAGCCCGAGACCUCGGGGCAGGCACGUCAGUUGGAGCUCAAUUGUUGAUCAGAUCACAUCCAACGGACUCGCAGAGAGAGAGAGAGAGAGAGAGAAAGAGGGAGAGAGAGAGAGAGAGAGAGAGAGAGAGAGGAGCAUAGAGAGAGCAGUCGAGAUUUAAGGAGAAGACUUGUUUUUUUUUGUACUGUACCUUUUAGGGCUACUACAACGUCCGUCGCGACUUUUCCCUUUGACUUGCCCGGGUUCUUGUCAUUACGCGCGGGUGCGUAUUGCAUUAUUACGCACGGCACGGGGGCUUUUGUUCGGGCGGAAGAGCUGUGCUGACCGAGGUAGUGGAAGAUGUCUUUCCCGCAGUUGGGCUACCCGCAGUACUUGAGUGCGUCUCAGGCGGUCUAUGGAAGCGACAGACCGGGCGUGCUGACGUCCUCGUCCCGGGGAGGGAGCGCUGAGCUCGGGGGGAGCCCGUCAGCCGCUGCCGCCGCAGUGUCGUCCGUGUUGGGCAUGUACGCCAACCCUUAUGCGCACAACUACAGCGCGUUCCUGCCUUACACCAGCGCGGACUUGGCUCUUUUCUCUCAGAUGGGAUCUCAAUACGACUUGAAAGACAGCCCAGGCGUCCACCCCGGCAGCUUCGCGGCCCACACCUCGCCGGCCUUCUACCCCUACGGCCAGUUCCAGUACGGGGACCCGGCGAGGCCCAAGAACGCCACCCGGGAGAGCACUAGCACCCUGAAGGCCUGGCUCAACGAGCACCGCAAGAACCCCUACCCCACGAAGGGCGAGAAGAUCAUGCUGGCCAUCAUCACCAAGAUGACCCUGACGCAGGUGUCCACCUGGUUCGCCAACGCCCGCCGGAGACUCAAGAAGGAGAACAAGGUGACGUGGGGCGCCAGGAGCAAAGAGGACGAGGAAGACGGCAACCUGUUCGGCAGCGGGGACGAGGCGGAGAAGAACGAGGACGAGGAAGAGAUCGACCUGGAGAGCAUAGACAUAGACAAGAUAGACGAUAACGACGGGGAUCAGAGCAACGAGGACGAUGACGACAAGUCCACUGAGGGCAGCCGGGAUCCCAUGCGAGGUGGCGGGGCCGGGGAGCUGGACAGCUUGGAGAAAAGGCGCGCGUUUGCCCUGCAGGCCCACGAGGCGUUCGACCGAACCAAGAGCGCCAUUUCUGUGCACCAAGUGGGCAAGGAGAGCUCGGAGCUCGGCCACAAUAAUACCACCACCACCAGGGUUUUGUCCCCGGACAGGGUCGGGAGCUUUCCCCUUGUCCCCGUGAACAAUAAGCCUAAAAUAUGGUCGCUGGCCGAGACCGCCACCAGCCCAGACAGCUCGACCCAGAAGCCGACGUCCCCCGCCGGUGGCCCGGCCGGCACCCACCCGUCGGCCGCUCACACCCACCAGCUCCAGACCCAUCCGGCGUUCCUCCCCAGCCACGGACUGUACACUUGUCAGAUUGGGAAGUUUCACAACUGGACGAAUGGCGCGUUCCUGGGCCAGAACUCAUUGCUUAACGUGAGGUCCUUCCUGGGAGUUAACCAGCAGCACCAUCAUCACCACCACAACCCCCACCUGCCAACUCAGCAGCAGCAGCAGCCGACCUCGGUGUUGGUAUCGCCGGGCACAGCUACCGCAGCGCUGAGCAGCGAAAGCACAAAGGCCCCACAGGAGAGCCAGAGUCCUAAGCACAUAGACCAUGAAAACGACGUUAGAACUGAAUCGCCGUCAACGCAGCCCCUCAAGUCGUCCUUCCGUCCCAUCCAUGACAGAUUCGCUCUGCCUUCCAGCGCCAGGAAUCCACAAGAAGCCACGCAACGGGUCCUCACGGCCAUUUCCUCGGCUUGAUCAAGACAUUAUUAUGCUUGCGGACGCCCGAGGACACACACACGCACACACACACAGAGACUCUCACACACACAGACGCAAAGCAAGGAAGAACGAAAGAGACUUCAUACGCACUCAUAGAAAGGACAAUUAAUAAUAACCUAAUGCAGCUCAUUCAGUCGGUAAAUAACGAAUGGCGUAAUUUGGUAAUUUCCUGUGGAUGGAUGGAUUACUUCCUCUAUUGUUGUGUAGCCUAUAAUCGCGCCCAUGUAAACUCUCUCCUCCACUUUCCCCAGGAAGGCUGGGACAUUUUGGGAGGCUUUUAUUUUUUGUCUUCAACUUGUGUUUUUUGGUGUCUUCCUUUAAUGUAAAUACAAGUGAUUUAAAUUUGUAAAUAGCGCGUUGAAGGAAUUUGUCCAGAUCAUAUAUUUUGCCUAAUAAAGUAAAUGAAAUUAUAGAGAAAA